AAGGUAGCCUUUUAACUUAUUGAGCUUUCUUAUAUUAUGCUAAAGGCGUGAGAAGGGAUAACACGCAGAAGCAAUGGAAACUUUGUUAUACGCUAAAAGGAUAUCGAAGUCAAACCAAUGCUCGACAGUGGAAGGCUUAAGCCUAGUUCUUCUACUUUUACUCCCCCCCGUCUCACUUAUUGGCCAAGCCCACACAAAUUUUAUAUUCAACCAAUUCAAUGUGUCGACCCUUGAAUUGUAUGGGAAUGCUUCAGUGCAGUCGAAGGCCAUCUCCCUGAAUGGUCGAUUCCAAUUCAGUGUGGGCCGAGCUUUCUAUCGACAUCCUGUGCGCAUGAAAGAUCGCGGCUCUCUGAAUUCUACUUUCUCUUUCAGCACAACUUUUGUGUUUAGCAUUGAUCCUUCUUCAGCUUUAGACUCUGGGUUUGGACUGGCGUUUAUGAUGACGCCCCACAGAUCUAUAGAGGGAUUCCUACCAGGUCCAUAUCUUGGCCUGAUUAGCAAUUUAUCAACUAUGGGAGAGGCCUCUAAUCAUCUGUUCGCAGUCGAGUUCGACACAUCAAAGAACUUGGAAUUUCAGGACAUCAACAACAAUCACGUUGGUGUGGAUCUCGACGACCUCAUAUCUGUAGACUCUAAGGCUGCGGGCUACUGGAUUAACAGCAGCCGAUUCCAGGAAUUGGAUCUCAAAAGCAGACAGAAUAUUCAAGCUUGGGUUGAUUAUGACAAUAUUCAUAAGGAGCUCAAAGUCACCAUUGCGGAGGCUGGUCUAGAUCGUCCACAGAAACCACUGUUGUAUAUGAAAAAUAUGUCCCUAUCCAACAUUCUAGAAGAAGAAAUGUACGUUGGUUUCUCAGCAGCUACGAGAAUCCUUUCUGAAGAGAAUUACAUCCUGGCCUGGAGCUUUACUACAAACGGAACCGCUAAGCCCCUGAAUAUAUCUAAUCUUCCAUCAUUUAUACACAGAAAAUCCAAGAGCUCAAACUCCAAAAUGAUAGCUGGUAUUAGCACAGCUUGCAUCGUCCUCAUCGUCCUGGUGGUGGCAGGAUCACUUGUGUGGUUGAAAAGAAACCAGUACAUAGAUCUUAUCGAAGAAUGGGAGACGGAGUACUGGCCUCACAGGUUUAAGUACAAAGACCUACAUAUUGCAACCAAGGGCUUCCGAGACGAACGGCUUUUGGGAUCCGGAGGCUUCGGUCGGGUGUACAGAGGAGUCCUUCCCGCAAACGGCCUCCAAGUAGCUGUGAAAUGUAUCCGUAGAGAAACCGAUGAUGGGGUGAAGGAAUAUAUAGCUGAAAUCUCUAGUCUUGGUCGCCUUCAACAUCGAAAUCUUGUGCAGAUCAGAGGCUUCUGCAGGCGGGGAAAGCAGCUAUUCAUAGUUUAUAACUACAUGCCAAAUGGGAGCCUGGACAAGAUGAUAUUUGGAAACCCAAAGAAGGUUCUUGAAUGGAGUCACAGGUACAGAGUCCUCAGAGAUGUCGCUGCAGUUUUGUUGUAUCUUCACGAAGAGUGGGAGCAAUGCAUAGUGCACAGAGACAUUAAGUCCAGUAAUGUUUUGCUAGAUUCGGAGCUUAAUGGGAAGUUAGGGGAUUUUGGACUUGCCCGUCUGUACGAGCGCAACAAAAACUCACACACUACUCGUGUGGUUGGAACGCUGGGGUACAUCGCACCGGAGCUUGUACAUACAGGAAAGGCCAGCCCUGCCACAGAUGUGUUCAGCUUUGGUAUUUUAAUGUUGGAGGUUGCAUGCGGAAGGAGACCUGUCGAUCCCUCUCUCCAACCUGCCGAAGUAAUUAUGGUGAAGUGGGUAAGAGAGCUUCAUGUCAAUGGCAGUCUCAUGGAUGCAGCAGACCCGAAUCUUGGUGGGCAAUAUGUUGAAGGUGAGAUGGAGAGAGUGCUCAAAUUGGGGCUGCUCUGUUCUAAUCGUCAGCCAGAAGGUAGGCUUGGAAUGAGACAAGUUCUGCAAAUACUUGAAGAAGAAGCUCCAAAUCAAGUUUCUGAUGCCCCUUUCAAUUUGGAGUUGAGAUCAACAAGCAGUGCUUCGAAGUCUCUUCCAGAUUCACUGCAGUGACGCUUCCAUUUCCAAGUCUUUGAACGCACGAUAGUCUCUGCGAAGUCAGAUCAACCUCGUUUUCUGAUUAUGUCAAUGUGUAUAAGAUGGAUCUUUGUAUGGUGUUCUGUUUCUGCUAUAACCUUCUUAUUAGUGUCUCAAUAAUCUUCUUGUUAGAGAUUCACCUUGGGUUUUACACUAACGGACAUUGGUGAUUGUAUUAUAUUUGGAUGCAAUAUGUAACUACUGCAUAAAUAUAUAUUUUUUAAUGGGAGAGAAAUCGUAGGUUUUGUAGAUGAUGUCAUAAUUUCUCGUUGUAAUCCAAAAAUUAGCAAAUCAACAAUGGUUCAUGUUCAGUUAUAUCAUUGGCUUUGCAAGAGACCGGCAAGUCUACUUCUUCA